UGGCACUCAAGGGAAAGCAGGAUUUUACUGUGGGAGAAUAGCUAAAGCGAUAAUUGACGUAGUACAAUACCAUGGCGGUGUCAUGACAACAGAGGAUCUCGCAAGUCACAUGACCACCUUUGAGGAACCCAUAAGUACUGAGUACAAAGGUUAUAAAGUUUGGGAGGUACCCCCAAAUGGUCAGGGUAUAACAACGCUGAUAGCGCUCAAUAUACUGGAGGGGAUGGAUUUAAAAGGAAUGGGUCACAAUUCUGCUGAAUAUAUCCACAAUAUAGCCGAGACAUUGAAAAUUAGUUUUGCUGAUACAACAUGGUUCUGUUCCGACAUGUCCCAAGUAGAGGUUCCCAUAUCUCAACUACUAUCCAAAGAGUAUGCUGCCAAGAGAAGGGGGCUGAUAAAGAAUGAUAGGUAGGUAAUUCAUAAUGGGAAAUAAAAUCAAACAGAAAAUGGAUAAAAUAUGAAAAUAAGUAACUGUUAUCAAGCUGGAAAGUUCAUUUACACAAUAUAAAUUGAGAGAUCG